AUGGAUACCAUAAAACAAUACUCAAGUCCAGAGGCUCACCGGGUGCAAAGCUCUAGUUAUCCAGCACGACCCACCGCCCACGUGGAUAGCGCUGCUGUCUGGACCGCUCACUCUUCAUCUGAGCUGGGCACUCACCAGGAAGAAUCCCUCUAUAGCCAGCCAUACACCGAGGGGGAAGAUCGGGAACCAGUGGAACCCUGGGCCCUCGAUCCUGAUGAUGGGAUCAAUGGCCAAUUUUUACAAGCUCCGCUAAAGCCUCAGGCCGAAGACAAGUGGUCUUUAGACCCAACGACUCCAUGA